UACGGAUUUUCAUAAGACUUUGGGGAUAACCCCGAAAUUUUUUAUUGUUCCUUCCCCAAGGUUUUCAGAAAGUGGACAGGUUUUCCCACAACUCUGACGAUUGGAAUGACACCAGAAAUUAUCCCAGUUUAAAGAGGUUCCUCUCAGUCUUAGUCAUUAAAAUUGCAUAUGGUCUGGGAUACUGCCCGGUUAACCAUACCGAAGCAAGUAGUGAUAAAAGACAGUUUAUGGCAUUGUGCUGUGGUAUUUAAUCGUUACGUGUCAACGUCUAACUGUCCUCCACAACUCCGUUAAUGGGAUUCUAGAGCUAUUGUUACACGAUUAAAUCAAUGUCUCACAAGCGUCCUGAGCACUCACUUCCUCCCGAACUGUACUAUAACAGUGAUGAGGCCAAAAAAUACAGUUCAAAUUCUCAUAUCAUUGAUAUUCAAACGCGUAUCACAGAACGGGCUUUAGAAUUACUUGCGUUGCCUGAAGAUGAAGCAUGCAUGGUUUUAGAUAUUGGAUGCGGCUCCGGUUUAAGUGGUGAAACUAUUACUGAGAAUGGUCAUCAUUGGGUUGGCGUUGACAUAAGUAAAGAUAUGCUUGAGGUUGCAUUAGACAGAGAAGUCGAAGGUAGUUUAGUACUUGGUGACCUUGGUUGUGGAUUGCCGUUUCGUGGUGGAUCAUUUGAUGGGGCCAUUAGCAUUUCAGCAAUACAGUGGCUAUGCAAUGCGGACAGAUCCUCUCAAAAUCCUAUCGCACGUCUAAGAAGAUUUUUCGUCUCGCUGUACAGCAGUCUUACUCGUGGUGCACGAGCAGUUUUACAGUUUUAUCCGGAAUCCAUAGUUCAAGCAGAUCUAUUGCAGAAUGAAGCUACGAGAGCUGGAUUCACAGGCGGUCUUGUAAUUGAUUACCCUAACAGUACGCGAGCGAAAAAGUACUUUUUGGUAUUGGAUGUUUGCAGCACUCGCCGUAUCCCGCAGCCACUUACAGAAAAUAAUGAGAUGUCAAAUCAUAAUCGGAACAAAUUAGAGACCUUGAGAGAAUGUAGACAGAUGAAGAAAUUGCCAAAGCACAGUGUAGCCUGGAUAAAACAAAAAAAGCAACGUGCCAGGGAUCAAAUGAAAGAAGUUGCUCGUGACUCUAAAUAUACAGGACGCAAGCGUCGUGCUAAGUUUUGACACGGUUUCUCAUUAAUUUCUUUAAAUUUACGACCUGUAUAUUGUGUACCUCGUUUAUAAUCAUCAUGGGAUUUGACUUCAAAGUUGUUCAAUCGAUUCUCCAAUCAGUCUUCUCCAACACCUUCAUGUUUUUUCAUAUAUAAUUGUCAGUGUUAAAAUUGUGAAAACUUUGUAAACAUUUAAUUAUUCGAGUUCCUCCCUCAGAUUUAUUAGUUCGAUUGUAAGUUAAUAUCUUCCAAUACACUAAUUUCAUACUUAAACAUAUGUGAUAGUUUUCCAAUCAAAAUCGUGUUUUGCAAUUCUCUAAGUGAUUUAUUAGCUAAUGUUUUAUGUAUUUACCGCGUGCAAUCGAAAUCAUUACUUACGUGUUGAUCAUUAAGACUUACGUUGAAUGAUAUAUAAUUUUGAUUGAGUCCGUCUUUCUUGUUACUUGUAACGUUUAAUGACGUAAAAUGAGUGGCAUGUUCUGAAACGUUUGUUGUACCCUUUACUGUUAUCACUGUUAAUCUUAUAAAGCAAUGUGGAAUAUCUGUAUUUAUUGCGAAUAUUUGAUUUCCAAUAAUGUAUUCAUGAGUUUCUUUGACAAAUCAAAGCGUUAUUCUCAA